AUGUAUUUUUAUUUUGAUGGAAAAAUAAAACAGGAUUCUGAACAUAAACACGAAACUGAAAAUUAUUCAAAGAAAGAAAGUGAGGAUAAUGAAGAGGAAAAUGUAGAAUUUGUACAAGAGAGCGACCAUAAUGAAUCGGAAAAUGAAGGGUCUGAACAGCACGGUGACCAUAAUGAAUCUGAAAAUGAAGGAUCUGACUAUGAACAGCAAAGUGAGCAUGGUGGCCAUGAAAUCGGAGGUUCUUCACAUCAAUCUAAUAUUAACAUGCCGAUGAUAGAUGGAUAUGGAAAUACACACAUUAAUGAUGAGCAUGGAAAUCACCACAUUUAUGAUAAAAAUAAACAUCACCACGUUUAUGAUAAAUAUGGAAAUCACCACUUUUAUGAUGAGAAUGGAAAUUACUACGUUUAUGACGCAGAUAACAAUUUAAUUUUUUCACAACCAGGUCAAUCUUGA